UGGCCCUGCGCUCCGACCGUCAUGGCGUCUCCCAGUGGGAAGGGAGAGCUGGAGCCCGACGCUCCUGGCUGUGGGCCCCGGCCGCUGGCCCGGGACCUGGUGGACUCCGUGGAUGAUGCGGAGGGGCUGUACGUGGCGGUCGAGCGGUGUCCGCUCUGCAGCACCACCCGCCGGCGGCUGACCUGCGCCAGAUGCGUCCAGAGCGGCGAUUUCGUCUACUUCGACGGCCGCGACCACGAGAGGUUUGUUGACAAGAAGGAAAGGUUAAGCCAGCUUAAGAGCAAGCAAGAAGAAUUUCAAAAAGAAGUAUUAAGAGCUAUGGAAGGAAAAUGGAUAACAGAUCAACUGAUAUUAAAAAGAUGGAAAAUAAUGUCCUGCAAGAUGAGGAUUGAACAACUGAAACAAACAAUAUGUAAAGGAAACGAAGAAAUGAAGAAAAAUUCAGAAGGACUUCUCAGAACCAGGGAAAAGAACCAGAAGCUUCACAGUCGAGCACAACGGCAUCAAGAGAAAAAGGAGAAGAUUCAGAGACACAAUCGCAAACUUAGUGACCUGGUAGAAAAGAAAACUCUUGACUUACGAAGUCAUUAUGAGCGCCUUGCAGACCUCAGGCGAUCCCACAUACUAGAGCUCACCUCUGUCAUAUUCCCAAUUGAGGAAUUAAAGACUGUUGUAAGAGACCCUGCAGAUGGAUCUACAGAGAAUGACAGCGCCAUGACUUCCAGCACUGUGAGCAAGCUUGCUGAAGCCCGGAGAACGACCUACCUUUCAGGACGAUGGGUCUGGGAUGACCACAACGGCGACACCAGCAUCAGCAUCACAGGGCCCUGGAUAAGCCUGCCAAAUAACGGGGACUACUCUGCCUACUAUAGCUGGGUGGAAGAGAAGAAAACAACACAGGGGCCCGACAUGGAGCAUAAUAACCCUGCCUAUACCAUCAGUGCUGCGCUCUGCUAUGCCACUCAGCUGGUCAUCAUUUUGUCUCACAUACUCGAUGUCAAUCUUCCCAAAAAGCUGUGCAACAGUGAAUUUUGUGGAGAAAAUCUCAGCAAACAGAAGUUUACUCGAGCAGUGAAGAAACUGAAUACAAAUAUCCUAUACCUUUGUUUUUCUCAGCAUGUAAAUUUGGAUCAGUUACAACCACUGCACACCCUCAGGAAUCUCAUGUACCUGGUCAGCUCAAGCUCAGAGCACCUGGGCAGGUCUGGACCUUUUGAAGUGCGAGCAGACCUUGAGGAGUCCAUGGAGUUCGUAGACCCUGGAGUUGCUGGAGAAUCGGAUGAGAGUGGAGAUGAGCGCAUAAGUGAUGAGGAAACUGACUUGGGCACAGACUGGGAGAACCUGCCGAGUCCCCGGUUUUGUGACAUCCCCUCGCAGCCCGUGGAAGUCUCCCAGAGCCGGAGCACCCAAGUGUCCCCACCCAUCGCGAGCAGCAGUGCCGGGGGGAUGAUCUCCUCUGCCGCAGCCUCCGUGACCUCCUGGUUCAAAGCUUACACUGGACACCGUUAGUGGACACAGGCCAUUACUGUCUCUGUGGUUCCGAGAGCUCUCCCUAGUAAACCUUGUCUGUUUAGUUAAGAUAGUGCUCAGAACAAGAAGGAUUAUUGUUUGGAGCAGGGGGAAAAGAGGUUCAUGUGUCAGAUGGCUAUGAUUUUGAUCCAUGUGCUCAUUGUAAGAGAGCAGCAGGUGUGAAGAGGCUUCUGCCCACGCUAGUGCUGGCAGAGGGCCUGUGUGAGGCCAGGGCUGGGCUGUGAUGUGUCCCGAGCCCCGCAGACCCCAGUCGGUGUCAUUUUAGUGAUGCUGAAACAAGUUAUAGAGGUUGGAUGUAUCACCAGGAAGAGAUUCUUGGUAACUUGGAAGACAGUAAGUGUUUCUCUACCAUCUGUUGUUUUUUUUUUUUUUUUUUUUUUUUUGGUAGAAAACCAGCAGGCAAUUUGAAAAAUUUUCAUUUCCUUGGUUUUUAGAAUAAGGAAUUGAGCUGUGUUUGGGAGGGGCUAAUUUUCUGAUGGGAAAGAAUAAUUUAAAACUUAUUUCAUUUGUGCUGCUCUGUUGUCACUCAUCACCUUCCUGGGUUUCUCCCCAACGCCCACAAACACCAAAGAAGCUAAGGUCUGUAUAUCUGUAGGACACAUACCAUGAAUGGAAGAAAUCCUAACUGCAGUAAAGUCCCAGAGAUGUUUAUUUUUUUGUAUUCUACGAGGAACUAAAUUCAUUCUUACCUAUUUUAUUGAAUUCCUACCAUUCACUGUAUGUCUGUCUUGAAUGAAAUUUAUUUUUUAUGAGUGAAAAUAAGUCAUAGAAGCCAGGCAUGUUGACAUAAGCCUUUGAUACCUACACUCAGGAGGCUGAGGCGGCAGGAUUGCUGUGAGUUCAAGGCCAGUCUGGGCUAUAUAGUAAGUUUUACAGAACUGGAUAGUGAGAUCCCAUCUCCAAAAAAAAGGCAUAUAAAUCAUUCCUUGAGUAAGCUAAUUGCCUGCCUGGGCACAGGUGCCACCUAGGUAGGCAACCUUUGAUCAUUUCGCAGUGCCCCGUUGCCUGGGGGAUAUCAUAGGUGGAGGUGUUCUCGGGAAGGCUUCCUGCUUGUGUGCCUCCCGAGGCCCUGUUGCUCUGUAGCAGACCUUGCUCAGGAGGCUUCGCAGCCCCUACGGGCUGGUGCUGCUCUGUCCUGGGGAAGGCUCACAAGUGAAGACUUUUCCCCUCGCCAGGAAAGCAGUUGCAGCAGCCAUGGCUUGCCAUUUUCCUAGUGACAAUCUUAAAACAGUAGAGGCACUGUGUGCAAAUAUGUAGCUUUUUUAUUUUUAAUAACUGCAAAAAUCCUACGUAACAAUUGCAAAAGAAAUCCUAUGAAAAGUUCUUGACAAGCAUUAGCACAUCUUAGUGUGAUUAGUAUGUAGUACCUCAGAUAAAUUAUUCAGAGGUUUGCCAUGCACUAGCUUCUUUUCUCGUAACUGUUACAGUCAGUAGUUUGCCUCCAAACUUGAGGUGCUACGUAAUAGCCUUUUCUAUUGGUGUAUUGGUGUUUGGUCAAGUUUUGGGUAGAUUUGGGAGGAAGGAGUUCCAUUUCUAGAGUUCCAGCUUCCUUGGCUCUGAGUUUUCUAAGGGAGGAGACAGGCUGUCUGGGGGGCUUUACAGCCUGUGUUUUUUCAAAGUGCUCAGCCUGGUGAUAGUUGGGUUUGUAAUCCAUAAAGUAAAAAUGGUGAAAUGAACAAAUACCAAAUGAAUUUAAGGGCCGGCCAGAUGGCUCAGCUGAGUAAAGCGCCUGCUUAGGCGCGUACACUGGAUGUAAUCCCCAGUGUG